GACAAUAAGACAUCGGCUCAUCCCCAAAGUCUGUUUGUGAAGUUGGAUUUUUUUUUUAUCGGAGGUUCAAAUUUGCUUUUUAGGUGGAUUAGCCAACCGCUGAAUCCAAGGUUUGAUUGUUGACCUGGCUGUUUGAGGUGCUUACAUGCCAUGCUGUUCCUUCUCCUGCUGAAUUGUGCCUGGGGCUUAUUGCUCACAGAUGACCUGGAAGGUUCCAUGGAGGAGAAUAAGGAGCUGGGCAAAGCCAUUCUGGAGAUGCUGCACAUCAAUAAGCUGUCUGCACCCCAUCAGGCCAAACCACACCCCUACAUGAGACAGGUCUAUCAGCUUCUGGACACACAAGAGGCCAGAGACUUGGGAAGCUCUGAUGGAACACUGGUGCAGAGUUUCCGGAGUGUCCUGGGCCCACUGCAUGCCCCCCCAGGAUGGAUCUGGUUCAACGUCUCCCACCUGAAGCCUUCCAUGGCCGUGGCUGAGCUCGUCCUGCUCCGCAAGACCCUACACCCCGACCCCCUCAGUGUCACGGUGGCCCUGCACAGCCUUACCCGGGGGGUGAGUGGCCUAAGCGUGAGCCCUCCCCUCGAGGAGAGGAUCCUGACCCUGGAUCAGCUACCCCCGUCUGGCUACGACGUGUUCGACGUGUCCCCCUUCAUGUUCUCCUCCAAGCCUCUGGAUGUGGUGGGCUUCCAGCUGCGCUACACGGACGAGAGUGGGAGCCUGGUGCUUCACGAGGCCCUGACCCAGAGCCUCUACUGCCUUGGGGGCGGCUCCCUCAGCGAGCCCCUGCUGGUGGUGUACCGGGCUAGGCCGCUUCGCUCCCAGACAACGGCUGCCACCAAUGGGUUCCGGCCUGAGCGAAGACAGCGCCAGCACUGCCGCACGAGGAGCCACGAGAGGAGGAGCCUCUUCCUGGCCAAACGAAAUGGCUACAAGCGCCGUCGCUUUGAUGCCAGCUCUGACCCACAGUGUCGGCUCUAUCACCGCUAUGUUGACUUCAACAAGGGUGAUCUGGCAAACUGGAUCCUACAGCCGUCAGGGUUCAAUGCUACCUUCUGCAGUGACUACCUGUGA